AUGAACAAAGCGGCGGGAAGCAACUCGGGCGCAGAGGGGAAGGGAAAAGACGGAAGCGAUGGUAGCGAUGGCGGUGACCGAGGCGACCAAGGCGACCACAGCAGUGGGCGCGAGCAUAGUGCGAAAAGUGAACAGUCCGGGGAAAACGUCACACGUGAGAAGGCUCAGCAGAAUGGCUCGGAAAAGCAGUCCGAAGGAGGCACCCCAAAAGAUGCCCCAAACGAUGUGGACAACUCGCACGGAAAAGAAGAACCAAAGGCGCAAGGCAGCAACUUAUCCGCAACCUCCAUAGACGAGGAAAAAAAGGAAGAAGAAAAAAACACUAUUGCAAGUACGCGCGAUGAUUACCCCGUUGAUGAGAAGCCACCACACAGUGUGCGGGGAGAAAGCCAAAAAGAUGGAGGACAAAAAAUAAAACACAAGUAUUUCAAACCAAACGAUACGUAUAACGACGCAAAGAAGGGAGAAACCAUCUCGAGCAGAAACAAAAAAAUAACGAAAGAAAAUUUAAAAGUAGAUAUGCGGGACUUCUUUUUUACCUCACAGGAGAAGGAUGUCUACGAAUAUAUUCCAGACACGUCCAACUACACCAUCUGUCACAAUGAAGCGAACGAAUUGUAUAAAGAUGUAGUCACCAUGAAUAAGCAUUUUUUGGACGAAAUAAAUGUUAACAUAUAUUCGUCCCCGCUGGACACCUACUUAUCGAGCAUGCUAGCCGCCGCCACGGAGGACUCAAAAGAGAAGGAAGUAAAUCCUCUGUUUCGGGCAAACUCAAAAGGCGAAAAUAACAAUAACAAUAACAAUAACAAUAGCAGUAUAUCAGAUGAAAAAAAAAAAAAAAAACAGAGCGACAUAUUGGACGAAAGCCCCAUGAACAAACCACUAUAUUCUUACGAGUUUUACAAAAACAAAAUCUUUAAGCAUUAUCAUAAUAACGGUUUAGUCAUCGAAGUAGAUCCUGCAAAAUUAAAAUACAACAACUCUACGCAGUAUGAAUAUGGUCAGAACGGGUCGGCCAAUUUAGACGACCCUCUAUCUUAUUUGCAAAAGUUGAAAUGCGAAGUGGAAGACAUAACUGCCUACAUUAACGAUUUAGCCAAUAGGAAGAGGGAAGCGUACGACCCGGAUCACCCAUACGACAAAUUAAACGAAGAUGUAACAGAGCAUGAACAAAUUGUUAAGAAAAUUAUGCAUAACCGAGAGCCACCCGAAAUACUGCUGGAACUUUUUUCGCUAAAAAAUGACAUCGACGAUAUGAUAAAUGAUGACAAUUUGAGAACAUUGCUGAAGACGGAGAAGGUGGAGAAAAUGGCGCCCCAAGGGGGGGUCGCUACUUCUCCUGAGGGUUGUAACAAAGAAGUGGUGAGAGCUAUCCUCGACCGGCUGCAGAACUGGGAUGAUGCUUUCCCCAAAAAAGGAGAACCAACUGGGGAAAAGGGCAGCAAGCAGAGCAAUGGGAAUAUUCAAAAGGGCAUCCAAAAGGACAUACGCGGGGACUCCCUUCCAAAGCACGUACACAUCUACACCCUGCAAAACGGGAAAGAAAAGGAAAUUCAAACCGCCCACCUCCUAACGCUGGAAAGAAAAAUUGCAGAUAUUGAAAAGGCCUUGGGGGUAGAUAAAAUGGCCAUGCUUCCAUAUGAUGACCUCAAUCAUGCCAUCCUAGAUUUAUACAACAAACUGAGCCUGCUAGAUUCCAUCAAAUUGGAAAAUGUGAAAAAGAAAAUGCAGAAUCUGCAAUCUGAAUUUUUGAACUUAAAAAAAUUCAAAAAGGAUCUUUUAAACGUCUCCAAAGAUAGAGGAAAUUACGAAGAGUCCAUUGAUGAGCUUUUUAAAAUCUUAGACCUCUGGAAAAAGACUCACCACAUAAUUCCAAACGUGCUGGCAAGGCUUCACCAACUCAAGCGGGUGCACGACAACGCGCAGUCCUUCUCCUCCAGGCUCAACGAUUUGGAAAAGCAGCAAAGCAAGCUAGACGACACAAUCAGCCUCGCCGAGCAAAACAUCAAGCUGAUCAACUCCAAGAUUGACCAAAAUGUGCAUUUCCUGCAAGACACGUUAAGGAGGAUGGAAUCGGAAGGGGUCUUCCCCUCGAAUAAUGAGUAA